AUGAUUUCCCAAUUUUUUAUCUUAUCGUCACAACGAGGCGAUACACUUAUUUUUCGCGAUUUUCGUCAUGAUACUCCUCGUGACACACCCGACCUUCUUCUCGAUAAGUUAAUGACAUGGCAUAAGGAAAACGGUUCGGAACAAGAUCCACCACCGGUUUUUAACGUUGACGGUGUACAGCUUAUAUUUAUCACUGUACAGGAGUUGUAUUUUGUGUGCGCCACGAGAUUCAACGUUUCGCCUUUUAUGACAUUUGAACUGCUUGGCCGCAUCACAACGUUGAUCAAAGAUUUUUGCGGAAGCUUAAGCGAAGAGAUUAUAAGAUUGAAUUCGGGUUUGAUUUACGAAUUGUUGGAUGAAGUCAUUGAUUACGGUUAUCCUCAGACAACUUCAACAAAUCAAUUAAAGUUAUGCGUUUACGAGGAACCCGUUCUCAUAAAACGGGAAAACAUUAUCAUGAAUUCCUUAGCCAAGUUGAAACCUCCUGGUAUCAACAUGGGGAAUUCAAGCAAUAGACCAAUAACUUUGCGUGAUGAAAAAAGUAAUGAAAUUUUUAUUGAUGGAAUGACGGUGCAGGCUGAAAUUGACGGUGCGAUACAAGUGAGGAGUUAUUUGCAAGGUUAUCCAGAAAUUAGUUUAGGUCUUAACUCCAAUAUUGUGCUCGGUCGAGAUUCUGAGAUCACUGAUGAACGGCAUGGAAUUAUAUUUGAUGAUUACAAAUUUCAUGAUUCAGUAGACUCAUCAGAUUUUGAGGAACAUAGAAGAAUUACAAUAUUUCCUCCAGAAGGUGAAAUCUCAGCAAUGAACUAUCGUAUGUCAGGCGACAUAAGUUUGCCAUUUCGGGUAUUCCCGUUGGUCUUGCACGUUCCUGGACAUCCGGAUAGGAUGGAUAUUACUGUACGCAUUCGAGCUGACUUUCCGGAAGAUAAGAUCGCAACAAAAUGUACAGUGAUCGUACCUUUACCACGUAACACUCAAAGUGUUUCACAUGAACUAUUGGAUGGCUCAGCCGAUCAAUCGGCCCAAUAUGAAAGUCGGACGAGAAAAUUCAACUGGACGAUUAAUAAGUUAAGGGGCGGCGCCGAAAAAUCAAUAAAAAUUAAGAUCACAGGGGCAACAUCCUUUUCAUCUGUGGCUCAACUAGAGGUGGGACCGAUCAACCUCGAAUUUGAUAUCCAAAAUUAUACAUGUUCCAAUUUACAAAUUCGUCGGUUGAAGGUUUACGAAAAGAAUAACGCUUUGGUUCCUCAACGUUGGUUCGCGGAGUUCCCGUUGAGUUCCAAAGUUUAG